UAUUGUUUGUUUACAUAAUAAGUAAUAACUAAUAGGAUUCGGUUUUGUCGUGACACAUGUUUUUUUUUUUAAUAUGAUUCCAACGAAUAUCUAACUGAAAAUGGGAUUAACAUUAAAAGUAGUAAUUUUUGGCUUCAAUAUGGAUGAUCACCGACCGAGGUUUUACUGUCGUGUGUCAUGGAAUCAGAAGUGUCACGUGACGAGAGCAAUUUGUCUCCGUAUCUGUCGGCGAGAUCACGGUUACCCCUUUGCCUACCCGAAGACGCCAACAUGGAGAUGGCACUGGCACCUGAAUCCCCAAAAAUUGAACAACAGUCGCAAAAGACACUCGUUGUCGAGGUGGUGUCCCUGAGGCCGAUCGAGAAAUUCCGCAGGGCCGUGGCCAAAAUGCCCAGGUUCUCCAAGAAAGAAACCGCUACACCAGGUAAAUCCAGAAAUGUUCCGAAAUUGGGAACUGAAGGUAUAGUCCGGUUGGAUGGAGGUCGAACAAGUUUAAGAUUACCAACUAAUCGUUCACAAAAAACUGAACAACCAAUGGAUUUAGCUCGGGAGAACCAGGCUUUGCACGAGCGCCUGCGGGAAGAAGCUGCUCGGUAUGAUAGACGAUUGGAUACAUAUAAAUUGGCUCAACAGAGACAGGCAGUUCUUGUUAGCAGACUUCAGGCAAAGGUAAUGCAGUAUAGAGAGCGGUGUUCCGAGUUGGAAAGGCAGAUGAGAACUAGUAUUCCAGCAAUUGAUAAUGUUAGGAGUUAUCGUGAUUCAGUCAGAGAUUAUCAGUCAAUGGACUUAGAUUAUGCAAUACGUGCUUUAGAACAAGAACGAGCCAAAGCUGAAAAAGUCAUGGAACUAAACUCGACACUCAGAGAACAAUUAGAUGAUGCUCAAACAAGCAAUGAAACACUGUCUACAGAUUUGCAAAAGUUAACUAGCGAUUGGGAAAAAAUGAGAGAUGAAAUGAAUGCUAAAGAAGAUGAAUGGAAAGAAGAAGAACAAAUGUUUAAUGAGUAUUGUUCAUUGGAACACGGACGAAUGAUGAGUCUAUGACAAGAUGUAGCUCAAGUAUAAAGGAUGUUCACUGAUAUGAAAUCAUCAACUCAACAAGAUCUUAAUAAACUUCGAGGUGAACUUUCAUUAGCAUCAAAUGACAUGGUUACUACCUGCAGUGGCUUAGUGAAUGCUGUUAAACGAUCAACGUAUUCUGAAG